ACCUCUAAGCUUAAGGUAGUUGGCAUUCCUCUUUCAACGUUCGUACACACUCUCGGGAGAUCAAAAUCAACAUGAUCACCAUUACAGUCGCAGGAGGAACUCGUGGGAUCGGCCGAGCUAUUGCUGAGGCUAUCAAUCGCAAGGGCGGUUACCGCGUCAAGAUACUCAGCAGAUCUCCCAAUCUGACCCUGCAAAAUGAAAUGGGAAUCGAGAUUAUUUCAGUCGACUACAGCAGCAUCCCGGCGUUGACGAAGGUCUUUGACGAUAACGAGGUCGACGCAGUGAUUUCGACCUUGUUCGUGACUUCAGAUGGUUCUCCUCAGGUCAAUAUGAUACGCGCUGCCGAAGCCUGCGUUCAUACGAGGCGUUUCAUCCCGAGCGUCUGGGGAAUUCCCUACUCGAGAGAGCAGAUGACGAUCGGCCAGUCGAAGCUCGAUGCAGUGGAAGCCCUAGAGAAUUCGUCUCUGGAGUACACUCUGUAUUAUGUCGGCUACUUUCUAGACUUCUGGGGAUACCCUCGUGUGAAAACAUACCAGAUCCAGAACAUCAUCGUGGUCGACAUCGAGCACAAUAGGGCCGCCAUUCCUGGUCAAGGCAAUACUCCUGUUACCUUCACACACACCUUGGAUGUUGCAGAAUUUGUGGUAGCAAGUUUGGAGCUCCCCAAAUGGGAGAAAGAGAGUUAUGUUAUCGGCGAAAAUGUGACGUGGAAUGAGUUCCUCCGAAUUGCCGAAGAAAUCAAAGGCGUCAAGUUCGAGAUCACCCAUGACGAAAUUGACUUCCUAAAGUCUGGCAAGAUCACGGAGUUGCCUUCUCAUUCGUCCCUGUACAGCGUGAUGCCAAAAGAUCAACUUCAGGCGCUGUUCGCCACUUUUGGUAUUUGGUUUGAGGAAGGAUUGUAUCAUCUCCAGCCUAAGACGACCCUCAAUCAAUUGUUCCCAGAGAUCAAGGCGCGAACUGUCAAAGAAGUCAUUCAGGCUGGGUGGAGUCAGAAGGAUUGAGAACAUCAGGGGCUAGACCAGGUUAUCGCGUGC